CAAAAACAAAACAAAAAAAGGGAAAGAAAAAAAGCUCUCACCCUUUCCAAGUCACCAAAAUCCUUUUCAGAAACCUGCCCCUCAAAAAGCUCUAUGAUUUCACAGAAUGAUCAGAAUGUCAUGUAUUCACCACAUAUUUGUGACCUUCAUGUUUCUUGCAUGGCUGGCAGAGGGAGACAACUAUGUUCAAGAUGCAUGCACCGUCACAAGGUAUCGAAACAUCUGUGUUCGCACACUCGCAUCAUUCUCAAACACCGCUAGGAGAAGUCCUAGCAAGUGGGCACGUGCCGGUGUGUCCGUGACAAUAGGUGAGGUGAAGAAUGUUACUCAGGACUUGAUAGGAUUGAAGAAGCAAAGGGUAAUGAAAGGAAUGAACAUAAUUGCCCUCUCAGAUUGCAUUGAGUGCUUUGAAGAUGCAGUUGAUGAGCUUUACAAAUCUCUGAAUGUUCUCAGAAACCUCAGCAAAAGUACAUUCGAUAUUCAAAUGGGUGAUCUCAACACAUGGAUAAGUGCAGCUCUGACAGAUGAAGAUACUUGCUUGGAUGGCUUUGAAGGCGUUGAGGGGGGAAAGCAAGUUGAGUUGCUUCGGAAGUGGGUUUUGAAUGCUUCUUAUGUCACUAGCAACGCCCUGGCUCUUGUUAGCAAACUUGCAAGCACAGGUGUGGAAAGCCUAAACGAUCCAUAGAAGUUCUGCAGAAGGAUUUUGGCCAUUUUUACACAAGUAUAAAAAUAUUAUAUAUAUAAUAUAGUUUUAUUAUGUGUAAAAUAAAGAUUUUGUUUGGUUGCCAGUAGCGACCUUUUUCAUUUUAUAUAAUAAAUUUCAUGCAGUUUCUA